UGUGCAAAAUCACAAACAUUUAGAUAGGAAUGGUUCUAUUCCAGCGCAUCUGAACUCAUAUGUUGUGCUGAGUACCUUUCUUGCUAGGUACGUCUCAUUCGGCAAAAAUAGAUAGACCUUCGAGGAAACGACGGCACACGUCUAACGUGUGCUCGGAUGAUCGUGUCAACGCGGUUAUGGCGUCGCACAACAACGGGGCGAAGAAGUUUAGUCCCAUCCCAACAAAAAGCGAUUCGUCCCAAUUUUCAAAGAGAAAAAAGGAUUUGGAGAAUACUAAAGAAGGAAGCUGCAAUGUAUCUAGUCGUGUGCCCUAUGAAUGGAGUCAGACUGAGGAGACCCUACAAAUCGUGCUCUCUUUGGACAAACUGUGCGCCGAGGAGCUGAAAGAGGCGGAUGUUGUGGUGACAGACGUAAAUGUCCAUGUCAAACUGCCAGAUGGCCGGGAGUGGGCUUGUGCAUUCAGUGAAGAGGUGGAAGGAAAACAAAGUCGCGUGGUUGUACAGAAUAACAAGCUGUGUAUCUGGCUGAUCAAAAAGAAGGCUAAGAAUUGGUCGAAGCAUCAUGUUGUGGAUAUUUCUCCAAAGCAAAAAAAGAGAAGUGCUGCAGAUAGCUCUGGGGACCCUGUAGGAACAAAGGUAGAUCCCUUGUUGCCUGACAGCGUGGUGGAGCUGGAGAAGGCUGGAGGUGAGAAACCAGAAAAUGAUGCCACAGACCCAAACCUUGAAAUGAAGGAAAAAGAAGAAGAACCUGUGUAUUAUCUCCAGCACACAAAAAAUGAUUGGAUAGAAAGCUCAAAGAAUGAUGUUUUUACUGUUCACGUGUAUGUACGACAUGCUCCUAAAGACACUGUGAAGAUAUUCUAUAGUGAGAAAACAGUCACAGUGAAAUUCCAAACAAAAGAUAGUAAAUUCCUAGCUCUGCAUGCAAAUUCAACAGAGGAGACAGUAUUCUGCUGGAAAAUCAAUUUAAAACAUGAGAUUAUUCCCAAUCAAUGUCGCCACAAGGUAACAUCUGCCUUCAUUGAGAUUAGUCUGUACAAGAAAAAUGCAUUUCGCUGGGGAGCAUUGGAAGCACCUGUGAACAAAGCACCACCGAUAUCCAAGUCUGACUCCUGGUUACCUGUAACAAAAUCAACCACUCAAACUGAAGACAAAGCCCAUUCUAGCCAGUCAGAUGUUGCCUUUGAUGAACUCGGGGAUGUGAAGAUUCUUGAAGAUGAAGAAUUUGAACCUGCUGAAGAAAACGGAACCUCACCUGUAGUGAACAGCUCUCAUUCAGGUGACAAGGAAAACACAACACAGAAGCCAAUGUGCAAAGUGUCACCACUGAACAAACCUCCCCGUCAGUCUGAGCUGAUUGUCUCUCCUGGGAUGACAGGACUCGAGAACUUGGGGAAUACCUGUUUCAUGAACAGUGUUCUCCAAGCUCUUGCAAACACACGGGAAUUUAGGGACUACUUCUUAGGUGGCUCAUGA